CGUCCGUUCGAGUACUAGGAGGAAAUGAAGGGGUUUAUUUUGUUCAUCUUUGGUGUAAUACCAUUUCUUAUUAAUACCAACUACGCACUUUGGGAAAAUGAUAUCAGUUUGGAGGAUUCGGAAGUGGCAAAUGUAACCUCUCCAAACUACCCGAACGACUAUGAAAUCAACACUGACAUCCGAUGGAGGGUAAUAGCUCCACCAGGCCACAGGGUGAUGCUGCACUUCGUGGAUCUGCACAUCAAAGAUGACCUCGACUACGUCACCGUCUACGAAGGUAGGACGCCGAUAUUUGAAGAGGCUGUGCAGAGAAUUCGUAUAUCUGGGUUCGACCGUCCUCCAAACAUAACCUCUGUAGGAUCCUACCUCUGGCUCCAAUUCACCAGUGAUGCGGAAUCUAAUGAUAAAGGAUUCAAUGCUCUUCUGUCGUACAUUCAUAUACGUGAUAUAUUUUUGACGAUUGUGGAGGCAGCCAAUAUAACAUCUCCUAACUACCCAAACCAAUACGACAAUAAUGUCGAUAUACUAUGGAAGGUUACAGUGCCAUCCGGGUACAGAGUGGUACUCCAUUUCAAGGACUUUAUCACGCAGCAACACAAGGACAACGUUACUGUCUUUGAGGGUCGGGCACCGGAAUUUGAUAAGUCCGUGAUAAGAAUUCAUGAAUCUGGUAGCACCAUUCCGAGCAAUAUUACCUCUGUUGGAUCCUAUCUUUGGCUCCGAUUCAUCAGUGACGGACAAUCCAUGUUAGGCACACACACAGGAUUUAGUGCACAACUUUUGUUAGCCGAUAUACCAGUUAUCGAUUUGAUGCUCACGGAGACCGCCAACUUAACAUCGCCUCAAUUUCCAAACCAAUACGACAACAACACUGAUGUUCUAUGGAAGGUGAAGGUUCCAACUGGCUACAGGGUUGUAGUGACCUUCGUACAUUUCAAUACAGAGAAUGAAAAUGACUUCGUUACUCUUUUUGAAGGACUUUCACCCGUUUUUAAGGAGUCUACGGAAAGAAAGAAAUUGUCUGGAAGUCCUCGAUUUGGCAGCUUUACCUCCAUUGGCUCCUACAUGUGGCUUCGCUUUACCAGUGAUGGGGGGAACAGCAUUGCAUUGCUUUACCCAGGUUUUGAGGCAAACAUCUCUUAUAUUGCGAUAAGAGAAAUUACCUUAGAGAAUCCAGAGUCCGUAGCUGAAGUUACAUCUCCGAACUUUCCGCAAGAGUACACCAAUUACGCUGAUAUCUUAUGGAGGGUGAAAGCUCCAGCCGGCUACAGAGUGCUGCUCCAUUUCACCGCUUUGGACACAGAACCCGAGUAUGAUUUUGUCACAAUUUAUGAAGGGCGGGUGCCGGACUUGGAGAAAUCUACGAGGAGAAGUCGUAUAUUGUUAACGACUUCGGAAACGACAAACCUGACAUCUCCGAAUUUUCCUCGCUCAUACGACAGCGAUACCGACAUUUUAUGGAAAGUGAUCGCUCCAUUAGGAGAAAGGGUGAUGGUUACUUUCUCUGCCUUCAACACCGAGUCAGGUUAUGAUUUCGUCACCAUCUAUGAAGGACGAACGAAUGACUUUGAGGAGGCUGUUGAGAGAUCCAAACUGUCUGGGUCAUCCGUUCCAGACAACAUCACAUCCAUAGGGUCGUACGUUUGGCUCCGAUUUACAAGUGCUGGCGAGCUUCAGAGUUGCGCAUCAUGCUCUGGGUUUAUGGCAAUGAUAGGUACUGUUCCUAUACGAGGACUCGAAUCUCAAUCGACCACAUCACCUGUAAUGAAGACAAGUGUCCCAAACGCAACACCCAAGACAAUCUUCAAAGAAGUUAUAGUUAUUGCAUCGAUCGGUUCUUCCGUGGCUCUUCUCUUCAUCGGAUUUGUUAUUUUAGCGGUGUUCAUGUAUCAUCGCAAAGGAUCCAAAAAUUCAAAGACUCUGGGCCCCUCCAGUCCUGAUGACGAAUCUGCAGAUAUCAUGUACAGGAAUCCAGUCUACGGUGCCGAUGGGGAUUCAAAAGACGACAUCAUAGGCUCCAGUGCAAGUAGGCUACCUACAGAGUUAUAUCAGGGGGUGACUCCCGAUGCUAAUGCCGCUGACUUGACUUACUGCUCUAUUGACGAUCUACCAGAGAGUGAUAAACCAUUACCCCUUCUUGGGAAAGAUAUGCCAAAUAUUUACGAGGAAUGUGCUGAAGAGGAUGUUCUUGAGUACAAAUCAUUGGCUAACAAUGCUACGGUUGACGUAGUCAAAUCACAGGGUCCGGUAUCCUGUGUUCGAGAAGAAGCUGUUCCAAGGAUGCGUCAACUAACCGAAGAUGGAUACGAAGAGUGCAUCGUCGACAACAACAAAAACAUGCCAACACCUUCAGCAGAGACAGCAGACGCCCUCUACGACGGGUCAGAAAGUGGACACUUGCAAACAAGAGCAGAAAAUCCUUCGAGAUCCAAGGCAUCCAACGAUAACGGGAACGAUGACCAAUACCUCGAGGUUAAUAUCCCUGGAAAGGCUUUUGGACAUCCUACAUUGAAUGCCAGUACAGCCUCAUUAUGUCAUGAAGAGAAGUAUAAUACGUUAGACUUUCAGAAGCCGGGUCAUAUCAUACGUUCUAUUUCUAAAUCCCAGACAACCUUAUCGAGGAAUGCAAGUAUCGAAAACCUCACCGAUGCAAAGGAGGGUACUACCUACGACGCACUUAAUAUUCAGAAAGCUACGUCUCCGCGGAAUCCUGCGAACGUCGUCAUCCACGAUGACAAUGUUUACAAUACACUCGGCGAAUUUUAA